CCAGUCUAUUUGGAUCUCUCUCACCAUCCUCUCUCUCUAUCUCUGUGUGAAACCCCUAUCUCUCGUGAAAGCUCUCUCAAUCUCGAUCUGCAAGUCUGCAACCAUGGCCGAAGCUCAAGAAUCCGAUCAAAAGAGUGAAGAAGAAGAAGAAGAGGAACACUAUGGAAGCCGAAGCUCAAGAAUCGAGCCCCCAAGAUUCGAGAGGCACCACACGAGGCCACAAGUCUCUCGUGGUUGUUCCAUGGCAGCCGCAGCUCGGGCUUUCACUCUCUCUCGCCUCACCGACCUGUCACUCAAGCCCCGCCACCCACAACCACCACCACUCUCUCGGUCUGCAACGAAGCACGCCAUGUCUUCAGAGAGCUCUCCUCCUCUGAUUGCAGCUCAGCUCAAUCACCUCGCUCUUCACUUCCCUCUGCUCGCUAAGAACAAUCAGGACAUGGCUGACACCGGUGACAAGAAGCCUAAUGCCAAUGCCAAGGUGAAAGUCAAGCAUGGAGGUGGUGGUGGUGGUGGUGGCAUUCUUCGAUGCAGAAAUAAAGAAAAUGAAGAUUAAAAAUUGCUACUUUCCUUUGUUCGUCUCCCCUGCUGUUCUGGAAAAAGAGAAGGAUCAUAUAGAGGGUUUGAAACUUUGAAGGAUCAUAUAACGGGUUUGCUGAUGAGAAUGUGAUUGGUGAAGGUGGAUAUGGGAUUGUGUACAGAGAGAAAUGGCUGAUGAUUUAGUUGGGU